CAGAACAGGCUACAUGAGCGAUUGUGGUUUUAUAAGCAGACAGCUGCUAGCUAGCUAGCUUAGCCCCGUCGUCACAGUCAAGCUACAUGGUCCCUAGUUGUACACCAUACAACAUUGAACAAACCAGGUGAUUCCUGAAUAUAGGCCAGCAGACAGCUAAGAACAUAAUUUAAAAACACAAGUGCAACUGAUCGGGAGUAUUUCUUCUCCUUUAGUAGAAGCUAAAGUUAUAUCUUAGUUAGUUUGGCAUAACGUUAGCUAGUGGAACCUCCCCAAACCCUGCGCCUAGCUGACGGACCCGUUUUCCACAGAAACACUCCAUCAAACUCCCGAGUUGAUGGACCAAAGUGAACAUCCAGCUCACAUGUUACAAGCCUGACUGCACAAUCCUGCAGUGCUACCAGGAAAAAAGGCAGAGGGCAGAUGUGGAUGUGUGGGGAAGUGAAACCAUGAGAGAGGGGUCAAAGGAGAACUGCUGCAAGAUGAAGCCACGUAACUUACAAUACUAUAAAGAGUGUGCCUGUGUGUCUGUGCUGUAGCCUCAGUGGUCAUGUGGUAGUAGCCAGAAGAAGUAACAAACAGGAACAGAGCCAUUUUGACAGCAUGGCAGGGACUCGUGGACUUUGGGCUCUUGACGACAGCUGUUAUCUGGCUUUAGUAUAUAUACGCAGGAGCACCAGUCUGACACGCUAAACCCAGGGAGAUACACAAGGCAAAAGUAGCAAGACACAGUCAUGAAAGUGUUUGUGGUGCUAGCCAUUACAUUGCUGUCGGGCUGUCAUGCCAACCUCUUCUAUGCUGAUGCAUCCAAGGCACAGCUGGAAGUGUUGACAGAUGCUUUCUGGGACUAUGUUGCCAAAGCCACCCAGACAGCUGACGACACCCUCCAGAUGAUCAAGAAGUCUCAAUUUGGACAGGAAGUCAAUGCCCGCCUGGCAGAGAGUGCUGACAUAGCCAGUAGGUACACAGUUGGCCUGCAGGAGCAGCUUUCCCCUACAGCCCAGGACCUGAUGACCAAGCUCACCACCGAGGCAGACUUACUGAAAAAAGUGCUGGCAAAGGAGUUGGAGUCGGUCAGGGACAAGCUGGAGCCCUACACUGAGGACACAAAGGCCCAGAUCCAGCACAGAGUGGAGCAGCUAAAACAGGAGCUGGCCCCAUAUGCAGACUCCCUGGACUCCGAGACCCUGAGGACCACCCUGAUGCAGAAGAGUGAGGAGUUGAAGGCCGUGGUGGAGCAGAGUGUGAUGAACCUGCAGGCUCAGAUGCUUCCCUAGAAGGUGGACCAGCACCUGCAGAACCUCCAGGAUAGUGUGGCUCCCAUGACCAAGAAGGUCCAGGUUGAGCUAAGUCAGAGAGCCAACCUGCUGAAACAAAUGGUGGCUCCUUAUGCUGAAGACCUGAGGGAAAAGCUGGACCCCUACGCCCAGGAUCUCCAGGCCCAACUCAUGACCCUCUACCAAUCCCUUACUAAUGCCAACUAAAUCAACCUCCUUAGUCAACAUGUUAGUUCACUGACCAAGAUGCUGGCCUUGUUUGGUCUACCUCUGUUUGAAGCAUGUUAUCAAUGAAAUAUAUG